CUUUAAGAGGGAAGCGCGGCUGGUGAGGACGUUCCAUCCUGGCACAUUGUAUCUCUGCGGCCGCCCAAUAGAACGUUCGGAGCCGAGCGUUCCGCCUUGUUCUAUCCCGUUCACAAGUUGCUGCCGCGCCCUUGAGCAGCCGCCCGCGUCCGGGAUCAUGCAGCGCUUGUGGAGCGGCCGGUGGCUGGCGCCGGGCGCCUGCCUGGCCUUGGGGCUGGGGUUAGGCGCUGGCUUACCCGGCAGGCGGAAGUCCGGAGCAGAAGCACCACCCCCCGCGGCGGCGGCGGGGCUGCUAGCCCGGCUGCCGAUCGUGCCGGUGGUGUCCGCCGCGACGACUUCUCUGCCGGUGCCCGCGGUGAUCUCUGGCCGGAGCGGGGAGCUGACCAAAUACGGCCUGCCGGGGCUGUCGCAGGUGCGGAGCCGCGAGUCCUACGUGCUGUGCUACGACCCGCGGAGCCGGAGCGCGCUCUGGGUGGUGGAGCAGCUCAACGCCGACGAGCUGAACGGCCCGGCGGACCGCAGAGGCUGCGAGUUUCUCGAGGAUGAUUCGGUGCACCCGUACCACCGCGCCAGCAACGAGGACUACCGCAAGAGCGGCUUCGACCGGGGCCACCUGGCGGCCGCCGCCAACCACAAGCGGAGCCAAAGAGCCAUGAGCGACACUUUCUACUUGAGCAACAUCGCCCCCCAGAAUCCUGAUCUAAAUCAGCAUGCCUGGAAUAACCUAGAGAAAUACUGCAGGGGUCUAACCAGAACGAACAAGAAUGUCUAUGUCUGCACUGGACCGCUUUUUCUACCCAGGAAAGAGGCUGAUGGGAAGAUGUACGUGAAGUACCAGGUGAUAGGAAAGAACCAGGUGGCUGUGCCCACUCACUUCUUCAAGGUGCUCAUCCUGGAGAAGCGCGAGGGGGGAAUUGAGCUCCGUCCCUACGUCAUGCCAAACUGCCCCGUGGACGAGAAGACCCCGCUGGAGCGCUUCCUGGUUCCCAUCGAGAGCAUCGAACGGGCAUCGGGGCUCCUUUUUGUCCCCAACAUCCUGAAGCAGACCAGCACGUUAAAAGCCGUCACAGCCGGAAACAAGAGCUAACCGUCUUUCCCCGAGAUGUGGGCAGCAGACCUCUGCUUGGUGUGAGAGACUUACUGGACCCUGGCGGAGCUAGAAGUAGCUUCUGCAGUAGCACUUUCUCUGUGACUCGGAGCCAAGCUCAUUUCUAGGGCAGCCGUUAGGCGAAUCUUGCAGGCAUUUUCGAAUAACUGGGUUGGCUGCAACCUGCCCGGACUUCUGUAUUCCUGUUGAGUGGCAGAUGAUUAUUUUAAUAAAAUCCAAUAACCCCUGCUAACUUGGCAAAGAGGUACCUUUGAACGUGGUGAUUCUCUUUAUUUAGCAGGGGGAGAGUAACUGGCCCCAUCCACCCCCAGCACAGGACCUCCCGUGGCUGUUGCUGGUGUCUGUCUUAUGGGUUGUUGUUUUUUUAGAUUGUGAGCCCUUUGGGGACAGGGAUCCAUCCUAUUUAUUUAUUAUUUCUCUGUGUAAACCACCCUGAGCCAUUUUUGGAAGGGCGGUAUAGAAAUCGAACAAAUAAAUAAGAGAGGGCUUAAAUAAAUCUCAGUCCACAGAAGAGA